UUUAGAAGAUCGUCUGCAAUUCGUCUAUUUUCAAAACACACGAUCUCGUAAAGUCGGUGAAUUCUCAUCAUGGCAAGAAUUAUUCGUAUCUUUAAAACUCUACGGAAUAAUUGGAAGAAAACUACUUUUGGUCUGAUCGUUGUUUCGUAUGGAGUAAACUAUGGCGUAAAAAAAUACAGAACUAAUGAGAUGUUAAAACUAUAUUGUGAGGAAGCGAAAACUUUUGGAGAUGCUCCACUUCCGAUCGGAGCACCUGUUCGCCAGAUCACUGUAGUUUUGAAUCCUGCAUCAAAUGAUGGUAAAGGAAAGGCAGAGUUUGAGGAGUACUGUGCCCCAUUGCUCUACCUAUCAGGAAUGAAGGUCAGUGUGGUAAAAACAGAAUCUGUUGGAGAAGCUAGGGGCUUAAUGGAUGUGAUGGACAAUUGUGAUGCAGUUGUAGUUGCUGGCGGGGAUGGGGCAUUGACUGAGGCAGUAACUGGAUUGUUAAGGAGGAAUGACAGUGGAUUUGCUGUUCAAAGGUUUCCAAUAGGUAUAAUUCCUGUAGGCAAACUAAAUAACAUUGCAAAAUCCAUUUUCAAAGAAUAUAAAGAUGAUAGAAUCAAACUAAUGGCUGAAGCUACGAUGGCAAUCGUAAGAGAUUAUAAGAAACAUGUCGAUGUCAUGAAGGUUGAGGUAUUGGACGAUGGGGAAAAGACCCCAGGGAAACCAGUUUACGCUCUUGGUGAGCUCAAGUGGGGAGCAUUUCGAGACGUAGACGAAAGAAUCGGAAAAUAUUGGCUAUGGGGGCCACUUAAACCAUAUGCUGCCUAUUUGUUUGGAGCAUUCAGAAAUCUCACCUGGGAAUGUGAAUCACGGUUUCAGUACACUGUGCCCUGUGAUGGAUGCAGAAACUGUAUGACAAACGCAUUGCAAGACGCCACUGAACCGAAGUACGGCUCAACAGCACAGAAUACUCGUUGGUGGCAUGCUUUCAUACCGCGAGCUAAACCCGUUAAAGAAACCAAACAGACUAAAGAUUAUUCCAAUAUUAUUAACCCGGAAUGUGGGGUAUGGCACCAAAAGGAUUUCUCAGCCGUUGAAUUCCAAAGUUUAACGGAGAAUAAUUUGGCUUUCACGCCCCCAAAUAAGCCAAAACAUUUAGAAGUCAAUCUUGGUCCUAAAAAUAUCAGCAAAUUCGAUUUCAUGAAAGAAGGUUGGCUUAGAGCGAGAACAGGAGUCAGUCACAUACAUAGCGAAAAAAUUCCUGUUCGCCAAUUUGAAAUGAUUCCUAAUACAGAAGAGAGAUCUGCUGCAGAAAGCGAUAAAGGAGAAGAGGAAAAAGCAACAGAUGUUGAAAGAUGGUAUUCGAUAGACAAUGACAACUAUGAGGUGAAACCCAUCAGAGUUACCAUUUUACCAGACGCUAUUAAAGUCUUUAGCGCAUCCACCAGCAGAUAAUUCUGUAUUUUAUUUUAAAAAAAUACAACAUUUUUAGGUUUCACA